AUGGGUUUCAUCUACUCACAGCUCUUCGCAUCCCUCCCAUCCCCCAUUUACGACUACAAAGGCAAGACCGUCAUUGUCACAGGCUCCAAUGUCGGCCUAGGCAAGGAAGCAGCACGCCACUUCACCCGCCUUGGCGCAUCCACAGUCAUCCUCGCAGUGCGCUCGAUAGAGAAAGGCGAAGCAGCGAAGCGCGAUAUUGAGUCCAGCACACGGACACAAGGCGUCGUCAAAGUAUGGCAUCUCGACAUGUCCUCUUACCAAAGCGUGCUUGACUUUUCAGCCAAAGCAUCGAAAGAGCUCGACCGGAUCGAUGUCGCACUCCUGAACGCCGGAGUGGCACGCGGAGAAUGGGAACUAGCCGAAGGCGAAGAAUCAACCAUCACCGUCAACGUAACCUCCACCUUCCUGCUCGCCCUCUCGCUGCUUCCCACGCUCAAGCAGACCGCGGUAAAGUUCAACGUUCGCCCUAAUCUUACCAUCACGGCCUCAGAAGUCCACGCCUGGGCCGCUUUCGAAGAGCGCAAAGCACCCGAUGGCAAGAUCUUCACCACUCUCAGCACGAAGCCGGAGAACAUGUCCGGCACAAUGGAAGAGCGCUAUCAGGUCUCCAAACUCCUCGAAGUUCUAGCCAUUCGUGCUAUGGCUGAGAGAAAGGGUGCGACACAGACCACUGUCACUAUCAAUUGUGUCAACCCUGGGUUGUGCCACAGUGAGCUCUCGCGCGAGUCGGGCUGGGCGCUUACUAUCCUGAAGUUCUUCCUGGCACGCAGUACGGAAAUUGGAAGCCGGAACCUGGUGCAUGCGGCGUCCCUAGGGCCGGAGAGUCAUGGCCAGUACGUGAGUGACUGUGUGGUUGCCCAGCCUUCGACAUAUGUGUUAAGCCAGGAGGGGUGGAAGGACCAGCAGAGGGUGUGGGACGAGUUGGCGGCGAAGUUGGAGGGCUUUCAACAGGGUGUGACCAGUAACUUUCAGUUCCAAAUUUUCUUGCCUGAUCCGCCCUCUAUCGUGGUACCGUUUAGAGGAGACGCCCAACCGCAUCGACGUUUUUACUACCUAGUCAAGGUCAACCCUGAUAAUGGAUAG